UAUACCGUGGUUACAUACCUAGGAGACAGGUGGAACCAAUCAGGAGGCGGGUCAAAUCACCUAUGUGUCCCCGAAAUACCAUCUUGGGGCAAAUACGUCGAUGGUUAUAACAACGGAGCUGAAGUUCGAGGAACGGAGAUUGAAGUUGAUGGUAGUGUUUCAACACAGUUGUUUGGUAAACCUGUAUUCAACCAGGACAUUCCAUGUGCAGUGUGUCGAGCAAACCGUGCAUCUCAUGUCAUGAUACCUGGUAGAACCGACUGUUACUCUGGAUGGACGAAGGAAUAUGGCGGUUAUAUUGUUGCAAGUAAACAAACUUGGGCUGCGAACAGUGAUUACGUGUGUCUCGAUUCGGGGCUCGAAUUUGUUGUACACGGAGCAGGUGAUGACGAAGAACACAUUGUAAAGCCAGCAGAAGUGCGCUGUGGAUCUCUUGCGUGUCCCCCUUAUGUAGAUGGUAAAGAAUUGGCAUGUGUCGUCUGCACAAAAUGAAUUACGGACAUGAAAAUUCCAUUUCACUUAUGUUUCUCUUUUUAAUAGAGCAAUAAAAUAAUUAUUAUUUUC